AGAGAAUAACGCAGAACAUAUAACUCCCCAGAUUCUCAUGUAGAAAUUAUUGUUCGAUGAAUAGUAUUUGUGUUCGACAACAAUUUCUUGCUUGAAAGAGUUUAUUUUUUUCAGUUUUAAUGUUUUUGAGUUAAAAAAAAAAUUGUGUUCAAUUGAAUAAUUACGUUUUUAAAUAUAAAUUUUUUCAUUCUUUUUGCAUCGCCUCGGAAAACUCACUUUCUCAUUGAACUUAUUUUAUCUUCGAUAAACAUUAUUAAACAAUUCUAUAUAUAAUUAGAAUUACCUAUAAAUAUACAAAUGUUUUGGUGUUCGUGGUGUUGUCUUAUGCAGGAUAAUACAAUUGAUAUGCAAGUGUUGUUUCAAUGUGAAAUUUAUCCAAGGAUUUUGUGAUUAUAAAAAGAAAAACUGUCCGGUUUCUUGGAUGUGUCAUCGUGUAACUAGGUGGGUCACAAUCACCACUGGACAUUCAACAUUAAUUUCGGAGAGGAGAAAAAAUUCGUCAAUUUUUACAAUUACUAUAAUAAUAUCAACACACCUAUAGGUCUUUGACAGGUCCUAUAGAAACCUGAGAGCAAAUGCGAAGAUUUGAUUCGAGAUCAACUCGAGAGAAAAAGGAAUGGCUAGCUUGAUGGUGAAUACUUCAAGUAAAAACAGCUCGCGAAGUACUUCACCGAAUAGAACAAAUUCUCAGGGAAUUCAGAAUCAACAACAACAACAACCACCAACAGCCAACCUGGAUCACACACCAAAAACUCGGAAUGCUGCUGCCGUACAUCAAGCAGGAGAAGGUAGCACGGGCAGUGGCAGCAGCUGUGGAGGAGGGGGUGCUACCGGUAUGAAGAGUACCAGUCGACAAAGAUCACCGGGUGCCGUGGUACGAACUGGUGACACCAUGGACGAAUCAAACAUCAGCACAAUCACUGCCGAUACUGAAGAGAUUGUGCCAAAUAUUCAACCACUAAAUGACGAUGAGGGAGACGCACAUCAUCAUCACACGCAAUCGUUCCUAUCGAAUGGCUCAACAGAGUUGAUAAGCGACGACAUUGAUUCAAGUGCCACGCGAUUUCGUCAAGCCAUCGAACAUAUUCAAAGUAAAAUUGCCCGAACGAGAGAUUUGAUUCGUGUUGAACAAACCACCCGAGACGAAAAUGUAAAUGAAUAUCUCAAACUCGCUGCAAGUGCUGAUAAGCAGCAACUUACUAGGAUUAAGACUGUUUUCGAGAAAAAAAAUCAAAGAUCAGCGCAUACAAUUUCACAAUUACAAAAAAAAUUAGACAGUUAUACAAAAAAAUUGAAAAAUUAUGAGAUAAAUGGCGCUCCCGCGAGUCAUCGACAACCAAGGGAAGUUCUUCGAGACAUGGGACAAGGGCUAAAAAAUGUUGGAGGCAAUAUCAGGGACGGUAUCACUGGAUUUUCAGGGAGUGUGAUGUCCAAACCUCGUGAAUUUGCACAUCUCAUUAAAAAUAAAUUUGGCAGUGCUGACAAUAUUAAUACUUUAUCACAUGGCUCGACAUUUUAUGUAAACGAUACACCACAUGCAGGUAAUGGUGAUAAUGCUAGCGUCGAAGAGGAAAAGACUCAUCAUGGUUCAGCAACACUACCUGGUGGAUGUAGUUUAGGAUCAACGCACAGUGCGGCAGCUAUGAAAUUUCCAUCCGAGGAAGGAUCCGAAUGUUCCAGUGUCACAAGCGAAAGUGGUCCCGGAAGUCGAGGACAAGCACACACCUGUCACGGUCACAGGGAUACAUUUAGUCUUAAAUCAAUAUUCUCUGAACUUCAAGAGCAUAGAGAGAAUUUCGAUCGAAUGCGAGAAAAAUUAGAAAGUCUCAAGACACUUCAACAAGAGGUGACGUAUCUUUCGCACGCGGUACAAGAGGAACGUUUCCGUUGUGAACGAUUGGAGGAGCAAAUAAAUGACUUGACCGAACUCCAUCAAAAUGAAGUCGAAAAUCUCAAGCAAAUAAUAACUGAUAUGGAAGAAAAAGUUCAAUAUCAAAGUGAAGAUCGUUUACGUGAUAUUCAUGAAAUGUUGGAAAGUUGUCAGACAAAAAUUUGGAAAAUGGAACAUCAACAACAACAACAUCAACAAUAUGUGACACUUGAAGGUUUAGAUAACAGUAAUGCGAGAGCAUUAGUUGUUAAAUUAAUAAAUGUUGUCCUUAUAGUUUUGCAAGUAAUUCUUUUACUUGUUGCAACUGGUGCUGGUAUAAUGAUGCCUUUCCUUCGAACGAGCUGUACUAAGCCUCAUUGUUUCAUGUGCAGGGUGCGCAUACUAACAACGACGUUUGUCGUCCUGGGGAUUGUGUUCGUGCUCAAACAAUGGCCUGAGGUACACGAUGUUGGAAGUCACCUCAUGCGUCAUCUUAAACAAACUCUCGCCGUCAAGUAGCAUUGGUGGAAUAUUAAAAGCUAACUAAUCCGCCCCUGGCGUAAAAACGAAGGAUUCCGGCUUCAUUUCAUGGUAUCAUCGUCCAAAUAAGUGCAGUAUUGUUUUUUGUUGUUUUUUUUUCUUUUACACACAUUCUCUCUUAUCUGUCGUUAAUAAGCUUUUUAUACGGCCUGUUUUUUGAGAGAAAUUCACCCUAAAGAAAAUAUAAAAUUAUUUGAAGCCAAAAAAGAGAAGUCACGAUAUAACAAAAAAAAAAAAAAAAGCAAA